AUGAAAAGAGCACUAUUCACCAAAGAGGUCUUCUUGAAGGGGCGCGUUAAUUGGAGCUCUGUCAGAGAAGACGUUUCUCGUAUUCGUCUAGGACCGGUCUUGAGCAACCCUGAUCCUGUCUCAGCAUUGAAUGAGGAACUGAAGCGUAUUAUCUCUCGGAGGGUUCCUGUAAAGAAAGUUUGUUUGCGCUCCAACGACAAGGCCUGGUUCAACAUUGAUUGUCGUACUGCUAGAGACACUAAGCAAGCGGCUUAUCGCAGGUGGUCACACUUAAGGACACGUGAUUCUUGGGAUGCGUACACUGUUGCCAGAGCUUCCUGUGCGGCAGUCUACAGGACUGCUGAGAGCGAAUAUUUUACCUCUGCGAAAGAAAAACUAUCCACUGCAUCUGACCCGCACAAGUGGUGGUCCACGCUGAAGUCAGUUGUCUUUGGUUUGCGACCAUCUCUCCCUGCUCUGCUUUCUGAUACUGGACAGCUGAUCACAAGUCCAAAAGGCAAAGCUGAUCUGCUGAUGAAACACUUUGACUCCAAGCUCUGUCGAGCUCCAGCCCCCACCAGCGAGUUGCCUCCCGCCAUGCCAGUCUUGACAAAACUGGCUUUUAGGUCUAAGGAAGUCAUGAGACUACUUUUAGCACUCGACUCCCAUGGCGGCACGGAUCCGCUUGGGAUGUUUCCUAUGUUUCUGAAGGAAACAGCUGCAGUUCUUGCUCCCAAACUGAGUGCAGUCUUCAGACGCCUAAUCCUGACCGGUAGUUUCCCCAUGUGCUGGAGAAAUGCGAACAUCACAGCGAUCCCUAAAGGCUCUCCAUCAUCUGAUGCCAGCAAUUAUAGACCAAUCUCUAUCACGCCGUUACUUUCUAAGAUCUUUGAACAUGUUAUUUCUGGUCGUCUCUCUCGUUACUUUGAACACUCUCAUUUGAUACCAGCUAAUCAGUUUGCUUAUCGGAAGAACCUAGGGACUACGGAUGCGCUACUCACUAUCUCUCAUAAGAUUCAGCAAGCUCUUGACUGUGGGCAUGAAGCCAGGGUAGUCCAACUUGAUUUCUCUGCAGCUUUUGACCGAGUCAACCAUGCCGGUCUUCUCAGGAAGCUGCAAUCUUUUGGUGUCGGUGGCCCGGUACUGUCCAUCUUGACUCAAUUUUUGACCCACCGCACCCACCGUGUGUGCGUUGAUAGUUGCUACAGUGACUGGUACAGCGUCCACUCAGGUGUUCCCCAGGGUAGCAAUCCCUUGGGGGUCCAUCUUCGCUUGGCUGGCUACCUUUAA